AUGGUUCACCCGGGGCCGCGGCUGUUGGACUUCACCAAAACUCCGUCGCACCUGCAGUUCAACAAAUACGUGCUGACCGGCUACCGGCCCGUGUCCAGUGCUCACGAGUGCGUACGGAGUCUUUUUUACAUGCACAAUGAGCUGGGCAACAUCUACAGUCAUGGCAUCCCCUUCUUCCUGUUCCUGGUGCUGCUUCCCUUCAGCAUCCCCUGGAGAGAGGUGGACAACGUGUGGAUCGGCGUGGUCCACUACCUGGCCUGCCUCAGCCCCACGGUGGGCUCGGUGCUCUACCACGUGUUCAUGAACCACGUGGGAGGGGAGCACGUGUACGACACCCUUCUCUCGCUGGACAUGUUCGGCGUGUGCUUGGUCAACACGCUAGGCGCACUUCCCAUCAUCCACAUCACGCUGCUUUGCUUCCCGACGGUGCAGCAGGCCGCCUUGCUGGCCUACAUCUUCUUGUCGGCCUACUGCAUCUACUGCGCCACCACGGCUCGCACCAACGUCCUGCGCCUGCGGGCCUUCGUAUGGCAAGCAGUGUUCCGCUUCAGCCUCUUCCUGUUUCGCGUGUACGGCAGCGGGGCGGGCAGCCCAAACUCACUGCGCCUUUUCCUCAUCAUGGACUCUCUGGCCGUGCUGGGGGGGCUGGUGAACGUGGUCCAGGUCCCCGAGCGCUUCGUCCCGGGCCUUUUUGACAACUGGGGUAACAGUCACCAGAUCAUGCAUGUCAUGGUUAUCUGCUCCAUCAUUUAUCUCCACUGGGGCACGUUGGAAGAUCUGACCUGGGUCAGGAACUACCAGUGUCCUGCAGAGUGA